UACCAAUAGCAUUUCAUAGUGUCACUCACAUAAUCGCACUUCUUUUCUCUUCUCAAGCAUGACAACAACCUAUGGCACGAUCCCAACCUCGCCGCCUCCGAACCUGGAGUACAUCUCACGCGCGAAGCAGCGGAUCAAGGCCGGGCUGGGGACGCGGCGGCCGUGGAAGGCGAUGUUCAACUUCCGAUCGCUGAAGGUCCCUGGCGGCGGCGUGCCGGAGGCACUAUCGCGGAUUCGGAUCAACGUGUCGUAUUUCCGCAUGAACUACGCAAUGGUGACGCUGCUGAUUCUGUUUCUGAGCCUCUUGUGGCACCCGAUCUCCCUGAUCGUGUUCCUCGUCCUCAUGGCGGCGUGGCUGUUCCUCUACUUCCUCCGCGACGAGCCGCUUGUGGUGCUGGGCCACCUCGUGGACGACCGCCUCGUGCUGCUCGUCAUGGCGCUGCUCACGGUGGCGCUGCUGCUUCUCACCGACGCCACCGUGAACAUUCUCGUGGCGGUGGCGGUCGGGGUGGUGGCGGUGGUGGCGCACGCAGCGUUCAGGAGGACGGAGGAUUUGUUCUUGGGAGAAGAGGAAGAAGUUGCUAGUGCUGCUUAAGUGAUUCUUCUUCUAAAAUGGGUUAUUGGGUCUUGAAUCUCUUCAAUAGCACGCUACAAGACAAGACUUUAAAUGGUGUGUUUAAUCCAACUUAACAUGCAUUAUAAUUUUAAUUUAUUAAAAUAAGCUUUAAAGAAAAUUAUGCUUUUAUUUAUACAAUUAUA